AUGACAUCUCAAACGAUGAUUAAAUUGGGAGAAAUUCAAUUUAUAAAUGAUUCUCCCGAGAGGGGACUCUAUAAAUCUUUUUACGAAAAUUCAUCAGACGAUGAAUUGUUCAGUGAACCGCCUUAUCCUUUAGCCAUGGAUAUCGAUGAACUAACAUCACCUCCUACAAAUACACGACCAGCCAAAAAAUAUAAAAAACACCCAGAUAAAUCAAAUCCACCACGGCCUCAAAAUGAUUGGGUCUUAUUUCUUAGAAACUUUACAGCUCUAUUAAACCUAAAUGGAACGAAAAUGAAUAGCACCACCAAAGUUGCUCGUAUGGCGGCCGAUGAAUGGCGUAGACAGCCUCCCAAAGUUCGUCGAUAUUUUAAAUUUCUGGGAGAUCGGGCUAAGGAGAAACAUAACGAAUUAUAUCCUGAAUUCAAUCAUAUUGAUAUGACACCAGAAACUUCAUCCGACAAUCACUUCGAUAUGGCACCAGAAACUUCUCCCGAAAGUCACAUCGAUAUGACACCAGAAACUUCUCCCGAAAGUCAUAUCGAUAUGUCACCAGAAUCUUCCUCCGUCGAUAAUUUUUCUGAAGACUUCAACUCCAUGGAAAUUUUAAAGCCACUUAAUGAUUUUACACUUUAUAAUGAAAGUCCGAACAAUGAUGAAUAUGCGAUAAAUAAUCAAGAAAUUUCUGAUCAAACGGAUGAUCAAGAAAUAGACAAUCUUUUUAACGAAAUUAUAGAUAUCAAUAUGCUUUAUGCUUGA